AAGGCUUUGUUUUCCUUGUUUUGUUUUUUGAAAUACAUACAAUAGCAUAAGAUGUACUGUUAAACUCAGGAAACUGAGCUAAUAAUCAGAAAUAUCCAUUAAAAAUAAUGACAAAAUGGAAGGGUUGGACAAGAUAAUGAAGUGUUCCAGGUUUUGUCUAUGGGCUUAUAUAAUGACAUUCAUUUGUUGUGUGUUAUGUGGCAGAAAAAAGUCAAAUAAUUCCCCAUCUUCUCCUCCCCCCCCGAAAAGAAACUGUUCUACUGGCUUUGAUGCUUUUAGCUAUCAUUUUGAGUUGGGAGACUAGUGAAUUGUCUGCAGGUAUUAGUGUGUUGCUUCUUAACAGUGUCUGAGACUGGGACACCAAUAUGGCUUUGACUUCAGUUUUAAAUUUUAGUAGAGUUAGUAAGGAAUACAGACUAUAUAAGUAAUAUGUUUUACUAGCUAAUUUAUGUAGGAAAUUGUUUUUGCCCUGUAUUUCUUCUUGGAAUCAAGGGUAUGGAAGGUAUUCUUUACUUUGGGAAAUUCUUCUUUCUGUCCUCCUUGCCUCGCUUUUUCCAAAUUCUGGGCACAUAGCAGCUCUCUCUUUUCUGUGGCAGGUGUGCAUCCUAUUGGCUGGCUGGUAUUUCUUGUUUUUUCCCCCCUCUUUAUUCUUUUUAAGUGGGGGAGGGAGUAUAAAAUAUAUGUAUGGGUACAUGCAAUAAUGUUGUAAUGUUUCUUGUUGUUUAAUUGAUAAUUAAUUGCAAAGUAAUUGUUUGAUUGAUAACAUGUUUGAGUAAAUGCUAAAUUAGUUUUUUUUUUUCUAAUGUAAUAAUGAAUUUGAAAUCUAGCAUUCUUGUAACAAUGUGUCUAUGUUUGUCUGUCUGUGUCUGUCUAAUAGUAAUUAAUAUCUGUGGUCCUUACCUGGAAGAGGAAGUACAGCUUUAAAGAAUAACAAAAGACUUUGUGUCUUAGACCCUUCGCAGGUGUUACAGUCGGGUGAAAGAACAUGGUGUUGGGAAAAGAAAGAGCAGUUACACAUUUGAACAGUUGGAACAGGUGUUUGGUCAGGGAGGAUGGGAUGCUCAGCCCUGCCAGCCUGUACUUAUUAACAGUAGUGGCUUGUACCAGGAGCUGGAGUCAGAUGGCAGCACUAUGGAGGACUAUUCACAGGAGGACUGGGGAAACCACAGUCAGGAUCUCCAUGGCUAUCCAACAGAUCAGGAUUUGGAUGAAAUACCUGUCACAAAAAGAACACUAAAAAUAAAACAAGAGUCUUCUGAAGAAGCACAGAAGCGAGACAUUAUGCAGAAUAUUGUACAAAUUUUGGAAUCAGUACAGUUGAAAUGGGAACUGUUUCAGAGCUGGACAGACUUUUCAAGACUUCAUCUUUCUAAUAAACUGGCCAUUUUUGGAAUUGGUUAUAAUACCCGUUGGAAAGAGGAUAUCCGGUACCAUUAUGCUGAGAUCAGCUCCCAGGUGCCCCUUGGCAAGCGCCUUCGGGAGUACUUCAACUCCGAGAAGCCUGAGGGACGGAUCAUUAUGACUCGAGUACAAAAAAUGAAUUGGAAAAACGUGUACUACAAAUUUUUAGAGAUCACUAUUAGUGAAGCUAGGUGCUUGGAGCUGCACAUGGAGAUUGACUGGAUACCCAUUGCCCACUCCAAACCAACUGGUGGGAAUGUUGUUCAAUAUUUAUUGCCAGGAGGGAUUCCAAAAAGCCCAGGCCUUUAUGCCAUCGGCUACGAAGAAUGUAUUGAAAGGCCACUCACACCUCACUUGGAGCGACGCUCUUUAGACCCAGGAAAAGAAGGCCGGGUUGACCUGGAAAGCCUUUCAGCACAAGCCUCAUUACAGGUGGAAAUCGAGCCCACCCGAAUUAUCUAUUGCUACCUCGGGAUUGCUGAGGUCAGGACUCUUCAGCAAUGUUUGUUUUUACAUUUCCAAGCAAAUACCAAAACCUUCAGCAAAGAUUGGGUUGGUAUUAAUGGGUUUUUGUCUCAGAACUGUAUUGUGGAUCCUGGAGUUUCUCCCAAGUCCAUCUAUAUCAAAUUUGUGGAAGUAGAGAGGGAUUUUCUUUCCGCUGGCUCUUUAGUUGAGUGCCUGGAAAAAGCCAUUGGAUACCCCUUGAAAUUUAACAAUUGAAUGUCAUCCUUCAUAAGGAUGUGGGCUCAUCCUUCCCUCUUCUACUUAUUUCCCAGUAUCCUGCCCACCCUCAUCCAGAUGCUGCCAUCAGACUCUUCAUGGACACUUUCUCCACGACUGGGCCAGUACAGCCUCUUAAGGAAUCAUAGUAGACUUGGGCAAAAAAACAGACCUCACCUAACAAACGCUCAUUUUGAGCAAGCAAGAUAUCCAGUGGACUUGCAUGGUGGGUCAGUCAUUUCUUUUUUAAAGAUCAACAAUUUUUAAAUGGAUUUUAGAGCCCUAAUAUAAACAAGUGUAGGUACAUUCCAUAUUGGACAAAACUUAUACUUUGAGUUUCAUAUAAAAUUGAAAAAUUGUAUUUUUUUCACAAUGUUUCAUUUUUACACAUCUCUAUGUCUCUAUAUAAGUAUUAUUUACAACCCUGAAUAAAUAAGCAAUAGAUAAUGGCAAGUUAAAACUUGAGUCACAGUAAAUAAGACUUUUUCAGUAUCACCUUUAGCUACAAUUGUAUAUAAUUUAGUUUCAUUUUUUUCACCAACCAAGUGUUUUUGCUAUUUCCAAUCAGUGUUGCCUGCGAAGACCUUUGUUUCUGUGAUGUACCAACUUUAUGGUUGUGUUGCCAUUUAAAAUUUUUAUAUAUUAAAAGUAUUAAAGUAAUUCCUGA